GCAGCGCGCGCCUGGUUUUGGCGUCCAUUUUGAGCAACGAGCAACUGCGACAGCCCGGCCCAAAAGACACCCGCAAGAGCAACCAAAGCAGCCAGAUCUUGUCCCCAGACCUGCCCUCCAGAGCGCAGACUCAGCAGCGAGAUCAGAAACAGGAUACGUCCUUGGAGCAACCAGCCCGCCCAACUCCACCAUGUCUGGGUUCAGCGAGUACGCACCAAACAUGGUGCCGACCGACGCCCUCGUGCUCAGGACCGAGGCGGAGCCGGCGCACGAGCUGGUGCAGUACACGGGCGAGGACCUCGCGCGCCCGAGGCUCGGCCCCGCGAACCCGUUCCGCGACGACUCGGCGCCGCUCAAGCGCAAGAACGUGCUCACGGGCUACGCGCAGGAGACCUUUGUGUCGGAGCACACGUUCCGCAGCAAGCACCGGGCCGUCGAGCGGCGCGGCGGGCCCGAGCGCGAGUUCCAGUCGGGCGCCGACGUCAAGGCCGAGGCCGCCAAGCUGCGCAGGACGCGCGAAGGCAAGGGCAGCGCGCUCGUGGCCGAGGGCGACGGCGAGUACAUGGGGCCCUGGGCCGCCUACAAGCCCAAGCAGGGGCAGGAGGUCGACGUCGACGACCACGAGCUGGCGAGCGACGAGGAGUACGAGGUCGUCGAGGUCGAGGAGAGCGACGACGACGUGAUCGAGAGCGGCACCGUCGUCAAGGCCCCCGCCGAGGCCCUGUCGCGGCGGAAGGAGGUCGAGGACCAGGGAGCCGAGACCACAACAUUUCACGGCUCCGAGCUGCACGACUACCAAGGGAGAACAUAUAUGCAUGUUCCCCAAGACCUCGACAUCGACCUGCGCAAGGAGCCAGGCGGCACAACGAAUUUCAUCCCCAAGAAGCUGGUCCACACGUGGAAACACCACACCAAGGCCAUCACCUCGCUCAACUUCUUCCCCGGGUCUGGGCAUCUUCUUCUCUCUGGCAGCGCGGAUUCUACCGUCAAGAUAUGGGAUGUUUACCACUCGCGGGAGCUGCUGCGCACAUAUUCUGGCCACACCAAAUCGCUCUCGGAUGUCACAUUCAACACACAUGGAGAGAAAUUCCUGACGGCGUCGUUUGACCGCAUGAUGAAGCUGUGGGACACCGAGACUGGCCAGUGUAUCUCCAAGUUCACAACGGGCAAGACGCCGCACGUCAUCCGCUUCAACCCGACGGCGGAGCUCGGGCACGAGUUCGUGGUCGGCAUGUCGGACAACAAGAUUGUGCAGUUCGACACGCGGGCGGGCAACGAGCCGGUGCAGGAGUACGACCACCACUUGGGCCCGGUCAACACCAUCACCUUUGUGGACGACGGUCGUCGGUUCAUGACGACGUCGGACGACCGGACGCUGCGUGCGUGGGAGUACGGCUUCGGCGUGCCCAUCAAGUACAUCGCCGAGCCGUACCUGUUCGCCAUGACGCGGUCGGCCACGCACCCGUCGGGCAAGUACGUGGCCUUCCAGAGCUCCGACAACCAGAUCACCGUCUACUCGAGCAACGACAAGUUCCGCCAGAACCGCAAGAAGAGCUAUCGCGGUCACAACAACGCCGGCAGCGCCAUCGACAUCGACAUCAGCCCCGACGGCCAGUUCCUCGCCAGCGGCGACACGGGGGGCUACAUUGUCUUUUGGGACUGGAAGGGCUGCAAGAUGUACCACAAGAUCCAGGCCGAGACGGGCUCGGUGAGCUGCGUCAAGUGGCAUCCCCAGGAAACCAGCAAGGUUGUCUCUGGUGGCGCGUCGGGAGAUAUCAAGUUCUGGGAUUAGAAGAGUUUGGCAGCUGGUACUUGUCCUUUUUUGUUUUGCCCUUGAGGUUUGUUUUGGAUGUUAGCGUUUGGCGUUCAGAUCGGAAUUUUAUCACCUGGGCCUCUUGGACGGCACCAUAUUCCCACCAUUUGCUGUUUCAACUCUUGAGCCUCGCCACCCCUGCUAGCCUACUUCCUCAACGUCCUCUUGGACUGGCCUUUUCAGCUUUUAUAAUUUGCAGCCUAGCCGUCCUGCAAUCACGCACGGAGCACGGUAGCGAAGCCUACUUGGACAUGCGCUCGGAGACAGCUCGGCCGACGUGCCAGCAAUCACUCAAUCGCCUUGUGACGACCGCGAUGGGCCUUUUGAGGGCACUCGCCCACAGAUGGCAGCUCCGAGAUCAGAGGAGACGGACAAUAACGACAAUAUAUGGGUUCCAGGGCUCUCUCCCACCCUUCCACAACUCACAUGUCGCUCUUUCUGUCGUCUCGUCCGUCCGUUCUGCGCCAUGUCCGCCAACAUGGAGCUGCGGCCGAUUCGCUAGUGCAGUUCGCUGCUUCAAGACCAGAUGCCGGCGGCGCCGGGCGCGGGCGAUCAGCCCCAACUGCCAUGCGCCUGUCUAACCAGGAUCCAUGGCGUCCCGGGCCUCGCCUCCCUCCCCAGGGCCGUGCCAUGCAUGGGCUACCGUCUAGUAGUCUACCGAUGCGCUCGUUGCCUGGGGUUGGCCCUAGUCUUGGGCCCUGCUUCCGCGAACAGUUAUCUGGACAUGAAGGCCCCUCCUCCAUCCACCACCCGCUAUUGGCAAACCGCCCCUACGCUAUUGACAAUGGGGGACACAUCCACGACUUGUUGUGCUGCUCGCGGCCGCCCUCGGCCUCGUGCAGCCGACGACGCGAGGACACCGUCUCGAAGACCGCAG